UUGGGUUACAUACCCUCUGGUAGUUUCACAUCGCCAUGGAAGCCAUGGCCCAUUUCGUUCGGGUUUCCAUGGCUCGCAGCCAACGGCCGCGGUAGUAGACCCUGUGGACCUUGUAAAAACUCCCGUGGCAGACGUGGCAAAUGGCGCCACCGGCAAAGAAGGCCAAGACUUCUCCUCCCGUUGCUGUGGGCAACAUCUCGUCUUUUUUUGGGCCGAAAAAAGGAGCUGAGGCUAAGCAGGCUGCUUCACCCAAAGCCGCCAGUUCCCCUAGCCAUUCCGCUCCCAAGAAAGCACCCGAGGAGCCGCGGGCUUCGACACCGGUAGGCAGCCCCAGCCCAACAGCAUCCGGUGCACCAGGCCCUGCUGAAGCGACCACGACACCGACCAAAGUGGAGGUGAAGGAAGUGGCAGCGCGUAUCACGCCUGAAAAGCCAAGUCCUGUGGGCCGACGAGGACCUGCCACUCCCAUGAGCACAGGCAAGUUCCAUGGCUUUCAAGGUGUGAAACAAAGUAGCUGGCAACAGUACAAUGGCCUCUACAAAUUGCGGCUGAAGCAACUUGAAGGCGCUGCAAGAGAGGAAGCCUCGCGGCGAUGGAGCAUGCCCAAGAGCAGUUUCCUGACGGACCUGACGGGCUUCAUGAGCUUCUCAAAUCGCGAGGUCGUUGUAGUGGGAGUGCUCUUCAAGGACUUGAAAGGUAGACCUAACGUCAUUGAGGAGUACAAGGGAAGCAAAGCGUUGCUGAACCAAUGGAAGGAAGAUUCCUCGUGCCUCUACACAGAGAAGGAUACUCUGUGGCUGGAGGACGCAGUGAUGCGAGUGGAGUUGGAAGUGUCCAAGGAGCAUCUGGCUCGCCUGGCCACCGGCUUCGUUGUAGCACUGAAGGGAACCGCUACACAGGCUGGAACUUUCACCAUGAGCGACUUCUGUUUCCCAAGGAUGCCACUGCCAGCUCCCUUGGCUGCGCCGAAGAAAGAUGGGCCCUACCUGGCGCUGAUGUCGGGCUUGGACUUCGGUUCCGACAGCACGGCUGCCUCCGCGCGCGGCAAGGCCUUCGAGUUUCUGAAGGCCCAUUCCGUCCAGCAACUCGUGAUUUGUGCAGGAUUGCUGCCUGCGAAUGGGGAUGGGGAUCGUAUCAAGGCUGCCCUGCGGGAGAUCAACGUGGAACUGCCGCCCUUGUGCGAAAGCAUUGUGGUGCAGGUGAUGCCCGGCUUUGGCGAGCCCAGCAAUGCCUGCCUGCCGCAACUGCAGUUCCACAGCUCGCUUUUCCAGUUCCAAUCUUCGAACUUCAAAAGGGUAGGCAAUCCCUGUGGCUUCAAGCUGGGCCCCAUGGACAUCUUGGGGCACUCCGGGCAGCCCGUGAAGGAUCUCCUCCGAUGCGCCCAACUGGAGCCCAUGGAGGCCUUGGAGAUGUGUCUCAAGGCCCGGCACUUGGCUCCCACGGCUCCCGACACGCUGCCAACGCAACCCUUCGAAGAAUCGGAUCCCUUCGUGAUGGACGCGGUGCCACACCUCCUUUUCUCCGGUGGCCACAGCAAAGCGGAAACGAAGUGGUGUGAUGCUGGUGAGCAAAGAGGAACACAGUGCAUUUGUGUCCCAGCCUUUGCGAAGCAUCAUGCAGUGGUUCUCGUCAAUCUUCAAAAUCCUCGUGAGGUGCGAAUCGAGGACUUUGGCAGCUAACUUGUUGGGUCCGCCUGGGUAGUGAACAACAACUGGUUGGUGGUUUGGAAGAUUUUUUUCC